AUGCGUGUGGACCUUGAAUUGGCCCUAUUAAGCUCAGUCGCAUGGGCGGCCGCUGUUGAUGUCAACAAGAAUGUCGGAGAUUUGGAGCCAUGUGCGCGGGUCGCCGACUUGGUAGCAGAUGCCAAUGCGAGUCAGCUGACACCUAGAGUGCCUUAUGAUUUGGCACAGAAAUGUUUGAUGUCAAUGCCGUUCGAGUCGGCUCGUGCAUUGGCCUUUUUGGACGAGGCCCGGAAGUACCUCCAAUUCCAGUCUACGGUCGAUAUCCUGAAAUCUCCGCCUCCUGGAUAUACGCAACCAUCUACAGAUCUCCUCGGAGGCAUCGACACAAUCAUCGAAAAGGCCAGCAACGAUGGAUACGCGAGUCAAUUCGAAAUGGAUCUCGAAGUGACUGAUCUAGUCAAGUCAGCACAUGACGGUCACUUGGUCUUUCAGUUGUGCUCUCAAUCCAUUUUUGACCAUGUCAUUGACAUGCCACUUGUAUCCAUUUCGCCUGAUGGGCUGAGACUACCAGAGGUGUACACUUUAAAUGACGCAAGAAUGCUGCAAGACAGUUCGGCAGAUGUUGCUCCUGUGAGAGAGAUCAACGGCACCGAUGCAGCCGACUUUCUGGCAAGAUAUGCCUCUGGUCAAAGUCUGCAAGAUGCUGAUGCGCAGUACAAUCGGAUCUUCCCCGCGGUAGCCCGCAACUUUACCAACACUCCCACAGACCCUAAUGGAAUCUGGUACCGAACAGGUGAUUGGAGCGAGGGUUCCCUCUUUACUCUGACGUUUGGCAAUGGAACUACACAGACAAUCGAGAAGACAGCCAUUCCAAGAGAGAGGCUUUUCGCCUACCAAAAUGGCACGAAAUUGUACAGUGGUCAUUGCAUUCCGCGGGGACUUCCCACGGCCAAAGCUGCCAUCUCAACCGAGCCUGAGGAGGCUUCCUCCAUACCUGGACUGCCAGAGACAGAAUGGCGUAACUCCGCUAACACUAUGGCUGGAUAUUUCUCAAACAUGACCGACUUAGAAGAGACCGCGGUUAUGUUUUUGCCUUCGUUCGCAUCCAGUCCAGGGGAGGCAGCGCAGAUCGCAGUCAAUUUUCUACAAAAGGCCGCCGCUGCAGGAAAGAAGAAUGUUGUGAUCGAUGUGUCUUCGAAUCCAGGAGGCUAUCUUUCAUAUGGCCUCGAUCUCGUUCGUAUCUUUUUCCCGAAUUCCUUCCCUUACACCGCAACAAGAUACCGAGCCCACGAUGCCGCAAAGUACCUCACGAAGGCUUUUGCUGGCUCCGACACUCGAGACCCCAGCAACCCGUUCGCGUACAAGGAGAUGGUUGGUCCGGAUCAGGAGAGCAGUUUCAGCUCCUGGCAAGAUCUCUAUGGGCCUGAGGAAGUACUAGGUAGCCUUUCGUCGGCCCUUUUGGCAAACUUCAAUUACUCUGCCACUUCCACAGCAACUUACCCGAUCAAUGGAUAUGGAUCCAUUCCUUUGAUCCCGAAAAAAUCCCUCUUCCCAGCUGACAAGAUCGCCAUCAUCACAGAUGGGGACUGUGCUUCAACAUGCGCCCUCUUUGUCAGGCUCAUGAAACGUCAGGGCGUACGCACCAUCGCCUUUGGUGGCCGUCCCAGUGAAUCCCCAAUGCAGGGAGUAGGUGGUGUCAAAGGUGGCCAAUCCCUGGGAAUCAACUACAUCAACGCCUACAUCCAGCAAGCCAACCAACUCAUUCUCGAAUCGUUGAAUACCUCAUCCCCUCUUUUGACUGCCGAGGAAUGGAAACAGUUCAAUGAGUCCAGUCCCGGGACGCAGAUAUCCUUCGCAUGGAGUGGAAACGUCAACUUACGGAAUGAAUAUGACCCCGACGAUGAUCAAACGCCGCUCCAGUUCAAGUAUGAAGCGGCGGAAUGUCGCCGCUUCUACACCCUUGAGAAUUAUUUACAGCGGGAAACGGUGUGGAGGGAUGCAGCCCAGUCAAUGUUCGGAGAUGGAGGGUGCGUGAAGGGUUCAAUGAAUGGAUAA